GCGCCUGCGUAUUCGCUGCCGCCCUCUUCCCCUCUCUCCCCGCUUCCUUCCUUCCCCCGACGAAGCUUCGUGAAGAUUCCGGAAGGCUCCGGCCGGUUCUUUUCUCUGAGGCACCCGAGCCGCCACCGCUCCGCCAGGCUCCCGCUCUUCUCCCCUGCUACCCAGCGCCGCCGCCGCCAUGUCCUUGCUGUGCUACAACCGGGGCUGCGGCCAGCGUUUCGACCCCGAGACCAACACGGAGGAUUCAUGCACAUAUCAUCCAGGUGUACCAGUCUUUCAUGAUGCUCUCAAAGGUUGGUCGUGUUGUAAGAGAAGAACAACAGACUUUUCUGACUUCUUAAGCAUUGUGGGCUGUACAAAGGGUCACCAUAAUAGUGAGAAACCUCCUGAGCCUGUUAAACCAGAAGUCAAAACUACCUCUGAGCGAAAGGAACUAGCUGAACUGAAACCCAAAUUUCAAGAACACAUAAUUAAAGCACCAAAACCACUGGAAACAAUUAAAAGACCGAGCCCAGAUGAGCCAAUGACAAAUUUGCAGCUGAAAGUAUCAGCUUCCUUGAAGCAAGCACUAGAUAAGCUGAAACUGUCAUCAGAAAACGAAGAGAAAAAAGAGGAGGAGAGUGAUGAAAUCAAGAUUGGGACAGCAUGUAAAAAUGCAGGCUGUUCAAAAACAUACCAAGGACUGCACAGCACUGAAGAUGUGUGUAUAUACCAUUCUGGUGUACCUAUAUUCCACGAAGGGAUGAAGUAUUGGAGCUGCUGUAAAAGGAAAACGUCUGACUUCAAUACAUUUUUAGCUCAAGAAGGCUGCACAACAGGAACACACGUAUGGACUAAAAAGGAUGCAGGAAAGAAGGUAGUUCCGUGCAGGCAUGAUUGGCACCAGACUGGAGGAGAAGUUACUAUUUCAAUAUAUGCUAAAAAUUCUGUUCCUGAUCUGAGCUAUGUAGAAGCAAAUAGUACAAUGUUAAAUAUUCAUAUUGUAUUUGAAGGAGAAAAGGAAUUUCAUCGCAAUGUGAAAUUAUGGGGAGUAAUUGAUGUAAAGAGGAGUUAUGUGAACUGACAGCUACAAGAUGAAG